AUGGACAGUGAGACCGAUAUGUCAGAUGGUGAGAUCAAUCAGCCCGGGCUUUCUUCACUAGAGCUAUGGCGCAUGUUGCCGCGGGGUGUGCAAACUACAUUUGGAUCUGACGGCGCCUUAUUGCCGGAUGAUGCCCUGGCAUACCUUUUUGAUACAGAAGAGGAAUUGGUCUCCCUGUUGCGGUCAAUACUUGGUGAGGGUGCAGAAGGGUUGCUGCAAGCGCGUCAAAUAAUGCUGGAAUUGCAAUGGCGCGCAGAGCGGACGAUCCAUUGCCUCCACAAGCGGCGGGCAUUGGUCCCUUCAGAGAUAAAAUGGCUGUCGGCAUUCAAUACCGCAAAGCGCCAGUGUGUGGUGGCUAGCUGCGUGGUGCAAACAGUGCCGGGCCUGGCAGCGUGUGGGGCCUUGCGGCAGCAGGGCCGGUACAAGGCCCGCCGGGCCAGGGGCUUGGCGCGAGCUUCAGGAGAAGAAUCUCGCCAGGCCAUGGAAGCACAAGAGUUGGCGUGUUGCUGCAAGGAGCUUGCUUCCUUGAUUGUGGAUGCUGCAUUGCCCGUGGUUGAGCCCAUGGCCUUGGUCCGUGACCGAGACGCAGUGUUGCUUGGUGCGUUGGGCCCGGCUAGAGCGAGCACCAUUCGCAAGCAUGUCAGAGAAUGGCGGAAAGCUCGCGCAUUUUGCUUGUCAGUGUCUGGAAAGCCGUGGCCCGAACACAUUGGGGUCGUUUUGGAUUACCUGCAUGAAAGGCGUCUGGAACCGUGUGCCAGCAGUGUGCCAGCAGCUUUUCUAGCAGCCUUGUCGUUCAUUGAAAAGGCGCCGCCCAAGCGACAAGCGCCCAUGUUCCCGCUGUCUAUCAUAGGGGCGACAGAGUUAGCUGUCAGUGAUAAUUCUUUGCCUACUUGUACGCGUGGGCUUGCCUUUUACCAAUUGUUGAAGCUUUGGACUGCCAGCCGCACCAAUGAUUUAUUUGGCUUGAACCCUGGUUCAUUGCGCUUGUCAGAGCAUGGCCUUCAGCUUCAGGGCACAUUGGACCGCACCAAGUGCAGCGGUCCCGGGAAGAGGAUCCGAUUUUUUCCUAUCUUCAUCAGCCGCCGCGUCUUCGUAAUGAACCCAAAUUGGCUGGUGGACGGCUGGGCCAUUUGGCAGCAAGAGAGCAUGGGGUUUCAGCGAGACUAUUUGUUGCCGCUGCCUAGGGCAGACCACCCUGGUGCAAGGCGCAGCUUGGCCGACUACGCGCGCAGAAUGGCAUUGAACAAAGAAUUCCUCAUCCAGUUGCGUGUGCCUAUGUGGACGGAUGAAGUUUGGGCCUCGUCAUCUGAUCAUCUCUUUUCCUUGCGUGGUACCUUGGCUUUUUGGACGGAGCAUUCAGAGCGGAACUGGCUCAUUUCAGUGUUGGCUAGCAUUGGAGUGCAGCGUGAAAAACGUGAGUUCAUGGGCCGGUGGCGUGCAAUUUCUGCUUCUGACGAAUAUCUGCGAACUGCAAAAGCUAUGGUAAUUCCCCUUCAGGAACAGGCUUUGGCAGGCAUGCUGCGCGAUGAGCGGUGGAAUCUGCAAAAUGGUGGCUUAGAGGAGGUGCCAGCACUGAGACCUGCCAUUCCUACAUCACUUGAACAGGACCGCGAGUGUGUUGAUUUGCCUUAUUUCAUUGCCAUUGUAGGGAAGAAACUUUUGCGCCGCUUGCAUCGACGUGGAGGCUGCGGCACUGACCCGGCUGAGUUGCAUGAGGUUGAAUGGGUGGAGACUCUUCAAGGCGCGGUGCAUGAUUUUUCCUGUAAACAUUGCUGGCGCAAGGAGGCCUGCCCGACAGAUAUCCAUGCUUGCGAAGCGAGUUCUUCCAGCAGCGAAAGCUCCAGCUCGAAUUCUUCUAGCAGUAGCUAG